AUGACACCCAGCGGCAGCAGCAUCAGCACCACCACCACCGCUAACCUAUCGACCACGGCCGAACUCGACGCCCUCGCCGCCACCGACGUGCGCGAGCCCAUCCCCGCCGCCGCCCUCGCCCCCGCGCUGACCUCGCCGCCCUUCAUCCCCACCCGCUCGCUCAUCAACCUGCGCGACGUGGGCGCCGUGCCCGGCAGCGCCGUGCCCGCGGGCCGCUUCUACCGCUCGGGAGCCAUGGACGCCGCCGCCGCCGACCCCGACGCCCUGGCCUGGCUCGCCGCCAACGUCCGCCGCGUCUUCGACAUGCGCCUCGCCAGGGAGCGCGCGCGCGCCCCGGACCCGGCCGUCCCGGGCGUCGACAACGUCUGGUACGACGACAGCGACGGCGGCGGCGGCUAUCCGGACCCCGUGCUCGCCGACUUCGCCGUCGACGGCGGGCGGCCCGCCUGGAGAGCGCAGUACCUGGCCGUCGCCCACAACUACCGCCCCGUCAUCCGCGCGGUGCUGGAACACGUGCGCGACCGCCCGGAGGAGCCCGUGCUCUUUCACUGCACCGCUGGACGGGACCGCACCGGCGUCUUGGCCGGCCUGCUGCAUCACCUCGCCGGCACUGACCCCGAGGCCGCCGCGCGCGACUACAUGCUGUCACGCAUCGGCACGGAGCCCGCGCGCGACAAGCUCACGCACUUUGCCAUGGCCACCGUGGGCAUCACCGACCCCGACACGCCGGGCUUCGUCAACCUCAUCAGCCUGCGGCCGGACCUCUGGGCCGCCUUCCUCGAGGGCCUGCAGGACGAGUUUGGCGGCUGGGACGGCUACGUCGUCAAGAGCCUGGGCCUGUCCCCGGAGGAUCUCGCCAAGAUCAAGGCCAACAUGCGACCCUAG